GUGGGCGGCGGAUGUAGAGCGGGCGGUUCCGGCCUGGCCGGGCGGUGCAUGGCGGGCGCGGUUCCCGCCGCUGAGCACUGAGCGCUCCUUCCCUCCUUCCUUUCCUUCCUUCUUUCCUUCCUUCCCGCCGCGCCGACAUGUCCGUGGUGCCGCCCAACCGCUCGCAGACCGGCUGGCCCCGCGGGGUGAACCAGUUCGGCAAUAAAUACAUCCAGCAGACGAAGCCGCUGACGCUGGAAAGGACCAUCAACCUGUACCCACUGACAAACUACACCUUUGGCACCAAGGAGCCCCUGUACGAGAAGGACAGCUCGGUGGCCGCGCGGUUCCAGCGCAUGAGGGAGGAGUUUGACAAGAUCGGCAUGAGGAGGACAGUGGAAGGGGUGCUGAUUGUGCACGAGCACAGGCUGCCCCAUGUCCUCUUGCUGCAGCUGGGCACGACUUUUUUCAAGCUACCUGGUGGUGAACUCAACCCAGGAGAAGAUGAGGUAGAAGGGCUCAAACGCUUAAUGACAGAGAUACUGGGUCGUCAGGAUGGUGUUCAGCAGGACUGGGUGAUUGAUGACUGCAUUGGUAACUGGUGGAGACCUAACUUUGAACCUCCACAGUAUCCUUAUAUCCCAGCUCAUAUUACAAAACCAAAAGAGCACAAGAAGCUUUUCUUGGUCCAGCUUCAAGAAAAGGCUUUGUUUGCAGUCCCUAAAAAUUACAAGCUGGUUGCUGCACCAUUGUUUGAGCUCUAUGACAAUGCACCAGGAUAUGGACCCAUCAUUUCCAGCCUUCCUCAACUUUUGAGCAGGUUCAACUUUAUUUACAACUGAUUUUCCAGACACCUGAAGGAAGAAGAAGCCGUCUCUGUGAGCACAGCUUUAAAAUGUAGAGAAAAAGAAUGUGUGUGAUGCAAGGAUGUGGGUUUUUUUUGUCACUCUUUUCCUGAAGGCCCCUCAACUUUUUAUUGUAUGAAUAGAGAAGUGAACCUGAACUGUUUUAGGUAGUGGAAUGGCCAUGUGAUACUAGUGUUUUAAUCACUUUUUUGUUGUAAUACUCACCAGAUUAUUUUUUUUUUUGUACAACAUUAAACAAAAUGGUCAAGA